UUUUUUCCAAAUAACCCAUCGCUCCCACCCCUACUCUUACAAUGUGAGGAAAGGAGUUUUAAAUAUUGCUUCAUCGCAUUUUUUCCAAAUUCCGAGCUUCAUUCACAUUUGAACCACUCUUCGUUCAUGCAUCUCUUACAAGAGACCAUUUCGAAUCGUCCUUUUAAGUAUCUGAUUACUAUGAGUGUCCAUUCAAAAGCAGUACUUUUUGCGGUUGUCUUCUGGUUUUUGGCCAUGCUCAUUCUUUCCUUAUGGUUAAUUGUUACAAAAAUGGUUCAUCUUCAAUUUCAAAGCGAAUAUGUGUCUCCAAUAGAUCCAUGUCAAGCUGAAGCUUCCAAUCAGCUCUUUAUCCAUCCUUUUACAUGAGUAGUAUCCCCAAGUCUCCCCUCACUACUCAGUUCUGUGCAGGUACAAUCAAAGGGGCCUCCCCGACAUGAAAUGAGAGUACACAAGUUCAAGUUCAAACCUGUUGAGGAGCCAUCCUAGCACCUCAUGAUCUUCAACAUUCAUCACUUCCUCAUUCACUCAAUUCAACCACGACGGAAUUGCGUAGUGUUGUAGGUACUUCCAUCUGAUGCCCUGUCCCACCCCGUCUCUACAUGCCUAAAACCCUCCCCAGCCGAUGUUUUUGUCAAAGUUACUUACAGCCCUCUAGGAGACCGUGACAGGUAUCAGACCGAAGUCCCUUAUAAAGAGCACCACCUCUGCUCUUCACAGCUCAGGUGUUCAUAGAUGAGUCAGUGCUAGUUUCAGUUGCUGCCAAGACGUUCAAGAGUGAAGUUCUCUUUGAGAUUGGAAUCUAAUUGGUGAGUGUACUCCAAGAUCAUGGCAAUGGUCUUGGGAUAGACAGUGAUUGCGUCACCGACAGGCUCGAGAAAACAGAAAUAGCACUGCCCACGCGAAGGACUGCAGACUUCAAAACCCACAUCUGGCUAUUGGGUGGCUUCAAAAUGGGGAAUAAUCAAGUGAAGAGCUCAAAAUUGAUCGAUAGUGAUGCCGUGUACAACCUGUCCUUCUUGGAUGAAGGCCAGUUCUCGAAGAUCUACAAAGGAACCUUGGGGCCGAGCGGACACAAUGUGGCCAUCAAGGUCCCUCGAGUGCCAGAACAUAUCCGAAAAGAAAAAAAAUUGGUCAAGGUCCACAUCGAGGAAGUGAAGAAACUGAUGCCAAAUAUCAAGAGGGCCAACCACGAGAACAUUGUCAGAUUCCUCGGCGUGUCCUACGACGACUUUCGGAAGGAAGUUUGGGUCUUGAAGGAGUUUGUGGACGGGUCAGAUCUGGCCACCUUGCUUGGUAAUCCCUCUCUGAGUCCGGGUCUGCGAAGCCCUGAAAGGAGACUCGCAGUGGCCUUGGGUAUUGCCCGCGGAAUGUCCCAUUUGCACAAUAUGCGUUACCCACUUGUUCAUGGGGAUUUCAAGUCGAGCGAUGUUCUGGUUGUGGCCGCCAACUAUACCCCAAAGAUCACCAAUUUCGGCCUGUGGGACUUUAAGCACUUCUUCGUUCAUCAGACACAAGGCGAUCACCACUCGUUUUUCAAUCCCAAUCAAGCGCCCGAGGUCAUUCUGCACAAGGAGAGGCCAACUCUGUUCUCAGACUGCUGGAGUCUGGGGGCAGUCUUGUUGCAUUGGCUCAUUGAUCUCCCCCCUUGGGAUCUUCAGGAUUUGUGUGUUCGAUAUCGUUUGAGGAACAACCGACAGCUCUCGGCCCUUAAGAAUGCCAUGAGGAACGAUGAAGAUCCUUCAGUUUUGGAAUAUAUCCGAGAUGAACCAGAUUUGAAAUUCUUGAGGGAUGCUUUUCACUACUCGGCCAUUGAUCGGUUGUCGGCGAGAAAAGUGGAAGACGAACUACUCAAGGCCAACCAGUCACCCACGUGGACAAACAUUGCUUUCCAUAAAUACUACGGGCAAUGAUUAUUCAGUUUCCCAAUCGGUUAAUGGGUCAUUCAUUCAUUCUCGUGCAUGUUCAAUAAAACACACCCUAAUUUUUUUU